AGCAGCUCUCGAUCGACGCGUCGUCGCGCCGCCGCACGGCUGCAGCCGCUGCAACGGAACCACAUGGGCGUGCCGAGCACCGCGGCGCUCUGCGCCGUCGUCGCGUACGUCGUGUAUCCGCUGACGCAGCGCAUGCCGCCGCCCUACGACGGCGUCGCGGCGUCCGCCGUGUCCGCGGCGGACCUGGACCUCUAUCCGGGCCAGCCCGGCGGCACGCCCAUCCCGCCGGUGCUCGAGGGCGCCUGGGCGCCGAACGACCGCUUGCGGGCGGCGACGCGGCUCUUCGAGGGUAUUGUGGCGGGAAGCGAGAGCGUCGCGACGCUCGACGGCGGCGACCUGCUGCUCGUCGAUAAAUUCGGCUGGGUCUGGAUCAGCGCCGGCGGCACGGCGACGCCCACGAGGACCUGGUACGUCGGCCCGGGCCGGCCGCUGGGGUUCCACGCGCAUCGCGGGAAGUUGCUCGUCGCGUGCAGCACCAAGGGCCUCCUCGAGCUCGACCUCGAGAGCGGCGCCCUGAGGAUCCUCGCGAACGUGGCCACGGACACGCGCGAGCCGCUGAACUACGUCAACGACCUCGCCGUCGACGGCGCGACGGGCGACGUCUACUUUUCGUCGUCGACGGAGCUCGGCGUGCGCCGCGACGGAACCCGCGGCUUCUACGACACGAUGCAGGGCUACCUCAUGAACCUGAUGCGCGGCGACCACAGCGGGCGGCUGCUCAAGUACGACGCGCGGACGGGCGCGACGACGACGCUCGCGGCCGGCCUCGCGUACGCGAACGGCGUCGCGCUGUCGCCCGACGCGUCCUUCGCCGUCGUCGCCGAGACGAACCGCGCGCGGCUGAUGCGGGUGGACCUGGCGACGGGGGAAAUGUCCGUCUUCGUCGACGGGCUGCCCGCGCUGCCGGACGGCGUCACGGCCGCGGCGGACGGCUUCUGGAUCGCGGGCAUCGCGCGGCCGGCGCCCGUCGCCGCGAAGCUCGCGCCCUACCCGGCGCUGCGGACGCUGGCGGCCCACGUCGCGCCUUACGUCUUCCCCGUCUUCGCGAAGCCCUGGGCCGGCGCGCUGAAGGUCGGCUUCGACGGCGCGCCGCUGGACGCGCUCUACGACCCGACGGGCGAGCGCGUCUCGACGAUGUCCUGCGUCGUCCAGCACGGCGCGCGGCUCUACCUCGGCAACCUCGCCGGGGACUUCGUCAGCGUCGUGGACCUGGGGUCUUGAGCGGCGUGGUAGGUAUCAUAGUAACUUUCGUUACCGU